AUGGCUUCAUUUAAAAUCUUUCAAUCUUUGUUGGCUCUCAUCUUCAUGAUAAUUUCUGCAGCCUUCUUAGGCACUUCAAUAAGGUUGCAAAUCGCCGGAAAAGAUGGAGUCCGGGACUUGAUCUCUGCUACAUGCAAUCACACCCUUUACUUCGAAGUGUGUGUGUCUGCCUUGAGAUCUGAUCCUCGGAGCCAAACAUCAGAUCUCGUAGGACUUGCCAAUAUUGCACUAAACAUUAGCAUAGCCCACGGAAGUGAGACUCUAGCCUACCUUAAGGUCUUGAAGUCUAAUGUUGGUAAUGACACCCAACUCUCUGGUAUCUUUAGUGAAUGCACAGAAGAAUACAUCGAGGGAACUGAAAAUCUUGAAGAGGCAAUUCAUGCACUAAGGAUUAGAUCCUUUGAUGACAUGAACACAUUGGUCAGCACGGCAAUGACGGAUUCGGAUACAUGCGAGCAGGGUUUCAAGGAGAUGGACAGAGAUCUUAUAAAGCCAUGGGAGAAGUUAUACACCUAA